AUGUUCAAAUUAGCUGUAUUAUUAUCCAUUGCUUCAUUCGCUGUCGCUGACAGAGAUUUCCAAUUAACUGCCAGAGGUGGUUAUAUUAACUCUGGGGUUGCUGCUGAUGGUGACAAAAUUGGUGUAAACGCCGGUGGAGCUGUUGAUUUCCAUUUAGAAGAACCAAUUGGUUACUUACUUUUAGGUGGUAGAUAUGUUCAAGCCAGUCCAGAAGGCUUAAACUUAGUUGACCAAGAUGAAGCUUCCAGAACUUGGGGAGUUGAAGAUGGUAAAUUAAUCAUGGGUGUUAAUGGUCCAGGAUUUUACGCAUGUGCUCAAGAUGAUGGUUCAAUCUUUGUUUCAAGUGUUGUUUGUCCUGAAGGAACCGAAGAACAAGAAAUUGAAUUAUAUACCAGUGAUAUUGAUGGCUCAGAAAGUCAAUCAGAUGGUGGUGCUGCAGCCGUAGGUGGCUCAUCUACUGAUGGUAGUGCCACUACCUCAAGUGACGAUGAAGAAUCUAAUUCUACUGAAAGUAGUGGAUCUGAAUCAUCAGGUGAAGCUGGUGCAGCUGCUCUUGCUUCUGAUGCUGAUUCAUCUGAGUCAAGUGACUCAAGUGCAUCAGAUGAUUCAGAAUCAAGCGCAUUGGACGAAACUGAGUCAAGUUCCGAUGUCUCAGAAUCAUCAGAAGAAUCCAGUGCUUCCGAUGAAGGUUCUGCCUCCGAAUCUUCAGAAUCUUCAGCAUCUGAUGAAUCAUCCGAAUCAGACGAAGCUUCAGCCUCCGACGAAUCCUCAGAAUCAGACGAAGCUUCUGCUUCAGACGAUUCAUCUGCCUCCGAUGAAGCUUCAGCCUCCGAUGAAUCAUCAGCUUCAGAUGAUUCAGAAUCUUCCGACUCAUCAGAUUCAAGUGAAUCAGGAUCCGCUUCAUCUUCAUCUGGAUCAGAUUCAAGCUCAGAAUCAGCCAGUGAUGAUAGUGGAGUUUCUAGAGUUUCAGUUGGUUUAACUGGUUUAAUCGCUGCUGCUGCCUUAAUGAUUUAA